AUGGAGAACUCUCCAGGCCUCCUGAACCCCCUGGCGUCCCCAGCCCUCCUGGUCCUGGCCUCCACUUCGGAGGGCACCCGGAGCACCAGCACCCCGUGCCAGCAGCCCCGCCACUUUGGGGUGCCAGUCGCCAUGGAGAAGCCGUCCCAGCUGCCCUUCCUCGGCGCGGCUUAUUCCCUGGUGUACCCCCACCCCGACCGCCUGGUGCCCGCCAGCCGCGACUACCCCCCGCAGCUGCUGCCCCUCCCGCCGCCUUUUGGCCCCCCCGGCCUGGAGCGGGGCGGGGUGGCCAUGCUGGGCUACGGUGCCCUGCCCCCCUUCGCCCCCUUCCACCUCGCCGACGACGUCGAGUGCUUCCCGGGGGGCUUCCUGGCGGGCAAGAGGCCCAAGGGCCGGAGCGGGUCGGAGCCGCCUCAGGUCUGCUGCCUGGCGCUGGAGAAGGAGAUGGAGGCCCAGCGCGCUCAGAUGGGGCCGGAGCCCAUUGGCGGGGUGUCCGGGCUGCACCCUUAUAAGGGCUCCCCGAAUCCACGGCAUGGCAAGCCAGGGGAGAAGAAGCUGGAGCCGUUGGCCCUUCGGUGCCCCCUUUGCCAGAGGGAGCUGCAGUGCACGGAGCUGGGACAGCACCUGCAGCAGGAGAUCGAGAGACUCGCCCACCUCCUGGACAGGGAGGCCACGACCCCUCUGGAGGACGCCCAGAGAUCGUCCCAGUCUCCAGCGAUCUCCGCUCAGGAUGGCACCGACUCUCCCCAGGGGUCACCGCAGGCCUACGAGGACGGGCACAACAAAGUGGACAGGCAGCAGACCUUUCUGCGGGUGAAGUCAAACCGGGAGGGCCGCAUGGGAGCCAGAGCCGGACGGUUUAAACGGAUCAGACCCUGCCUGGAGGAGCAGCAGCAAGGGACAGACUCCCCCCGCAUACGUCCGGCGUCUGUGUCUCUCCCGGAGGCCCAGAUGGAGGGGCCUCUCCCCAGGGGCUCCAGGCUGGCCGAGGCGGAGGACGAAUUCUCCGAGGGGAGCCACUGCGGUGGGUACGAAUAUCGCAGCCCGAAGAAAAACGUCCUGGAGACAAAAGACUGCAGACUCUUGGUGGCACAGAGCAGCGACGAGGCGGACAUGGACUCGGAUGGUGACGAGCUGCCGGCCUUCGCCAAGCAGACGUAUCCUGCUCCCUGUGGGGCUGAGGGAGGAGCAGGCUGGGUCUCGAAGAGCGCCCCAGCGGAGGAGGACAGCAGGAAGCCAGGGGGCCUGGGUGCACCUGGGACGGCAAGAGGCAAGGUGGAGGAGGAGGAGGGAGACGCCACCCUCACCAUGGAGCUGCUGAAGGCUCAGAUCCAGGAGCUGCGGCGACGGCUCCUCCGAAAGGACUCGUACAAAUGCCACAUUUGCCUGGACUCGUACUCUGUGCCUUUGACUUCGAUUCAGUGUUGGCACAUCCACUGCGAGCAGUGCUGGCUCCGGACCCUGGGCUCCAAGAAGCUCUGCCCGCAGUGCAACGCCAUCACGUCCCCCGCCGACCUGCGGCGCGUGUACCUAUGAUCUCAGGCCAGCCUCCCAGCCCCGAUGGCUGCAUCCUUCAGCACGAGCCACGCAUCCCGCUCCCCCCAGGUCCCCCCACUGCAGACUGAACCCAAACUGGGAGGCUGCUGACCCGCUAAAACGACCUGCCACCCAUCCUGGGAAGUGAAAGCAAAAGGAGCUACACCUGCUCCGGGCAUGGGUCGUGACUAGCU